AUGCCAACGCCCAAGAAGCAACGACGAGCCCCGGAACUGAGUGCGGCAGAAGCGCAGCGACUGGUUUCGGUCAGCGUGGCGGACUACGACGAACUCAGCUCGUUUCCACCAGAUCUGCUCGGUGACUUCGAGAACAACACCGAGCUCGAAUGUCUCCUGCGAGCGCACCAAGAUGCACAGGCCGGGACGCCAUUCGAUGGAUGCCCGGUGGACUUUGAUCGGAUCUUGUGCUGGCCGAAAACGGAGCCCGGCACCUGGGCAGUGCUUCCAUGCUUCGAGGAGUUCAAAGGCGUACACUACGAUGUGACACAAAACGUUACCCGGUAUUGCCACCCGAACGGCCGGUGGAACAACUACAGUAACUAUGCCGCGUGUCACCACGAAGAACGCGGUCCGACGGACAUCGUGGAAAUUUCGUCCAUCAUCUACUACACCGGCUACAUCAUCAGCCUGGUGGCGCUUAGUCUUGCUGUGAUAGUUUUCGUUUACUUCAAAGAUCUACGCUGUCUGCGGAACACCAUCCACGCAAAUCUCUUCAUUACCUACAUUCUGUCGGCUCUGCUAUGGAUUAUCAUUCUUACACUUCAGCUCUCCAGUGGCAACAGUUCCGGCAUGACGAGUUGCGUUAUCUUCGUCACACUUCUACACUAUUUCACCCUGACCAACUUCUUCUGGAUGCUUGUAGAAGGUCUGUACCUCUACAUGCUGGUGGUGGAAACCUUUUCGGGUGAUAAUCUUCGCUUCAACAUGUACGCCGCCAUCGGUUGGGGAGGUCCCGCAAUUUUCGUCAUGCUUUGGGCCAUCGCAAAGGGCAUCACUCUGUCCGGACAAGACACAACGAAUACGCUCGAAAUCGAAUGCUCCUGGAUGCGGGAAUCGCUCGUCGACUGGAUCUUCCAGGGACCGGUCUGUGCGGUGCUGAUCAUCAACCUCGUUUUCCUUAUCCGAAUCAUGUGGGUGCUGAUCACGAAACUGCGGUCAGCGAACACGGUCGAAACGAGGCAAUACCGGAAGGCGUCGAAAGCGCUGCUGGUCCUGAUUCCACUCCUCGGCAUAACGUACCUGGUCGUGCUGGCCGCACCCGCCGAAGGGGUCGUCAGUGACAUCUUUGCCAUCGCUCGAGCACUGCUCCUAAGUACACAGGGUCUGUCCGUGUCGCUGUUCUACUGCUUCCUGAACUCGGAGGUCCGUCUGGCGCUGCGCCACCGGUUGGAGCGCUGGCGGGACGAGCGCAACAUUCGCCUAGGUCAGGUCCGCCAGCGAAGUCGACGCUUCACCAACUCCGGCUACAAUCAGUCAAAAGAAUGCUCACCACGCUCCCGGACGGAAAGCUUCCGGCCGCUGACAUACAGCAAGCGGGAAUCGUGCGCGUCGUCGGCCACCACGACCACCCUGCUCGGUCCGCACACCUACCCGAGCGCGAUGCGAGGCUCGAACGGUGCCCUGCACAUGCAAUCGAUAGCACCCCGUGCGAUCAGCCCUCUGAUGCAGGGUCUAGAUGAAAACUCCGUCUAAGCUGACCGUAUCCAACCGCCGUCAUCGUCACAACGGACACCACCACCACCGUUAAGCGUACUUUUCGAAUUGGCCUUUUCGUGUGAUACAUCCGACUGCACUCCGUUGAAGUUGACAUGGGUGACGGUGCAAGGAACAGAAAGGAGACGCGGGUGCAUAUCUAGAAAGAACGAGUUUCUUUUUCGCAGACGAUACUGAUAUCCACUUGUUUACGUCACUUAAAUCCGUCUAGGUCUAACUGAGAAGAGAAAAAGAAUAAACAUAAAUGCAUAGACUAUGCUAUCGCAUCGAAAGAUGCGCCAUAAUAACUACAAACAAGGAGAACAGUUUAAAGAAAUAAAAAAACAAGAGCAUCUGAUUGAGGACAAUUUGAAUGUUACCAGAAAAACAAGCGUUGUUGAAAAAUAAAAAUAACGAGAAGACUAAUAGGAAGCAGCAAGUUUCGCUAAAUGAGUAGAUCCUUAUGAAAAGAUGUCUAUGUUACUAGAAACGACCCCCCUUGGAAGGGAAGAACCGUGGGACAAGGCGGCUAGGAUGAAACUGAUCUCGUUUUUGUUUGUACGUCAACAUCGUAACACGAAAGAAGUAUAAAAAACAAAGAAAAGAAAAAUCAAAACUUAUAUUGAUGUGCAAAACUUACUAUAUGACAAAGCAAAAUCGAAACCGAUUGAGAAAACGGUUACUAAUCGGUACACUUACAUCUGUAGUACAUUCUCUCUCACUCUCUCUCUACACACAUACACACAUAUUGCGUAUAUAUACUGUAGUUGAUAUCUCGUGAAGGAUGUAUUUUUUUCUCUUUUUUGAGUAAAUAA